AUGAUAACAGGGCUGAAGUCCGCGCCAGACUGGGGAGACGCGUGUCGCAGGCGCACGCGCGGUGGGCGUGUCCCCGUGGAGCGGGGCGUGGCCUCUCCCCUCCGCGGCGCCCCUGCCGAACGCCGCCGAGGGGAGCCGAAGGAAGGCGGCGGCCUCGACGGCGGCGGCGACGGCGGCACGCGGGCUCAGAGCGAGCGCGCGGCGUCUGUGUGCGAGAGCGAGCAGACAGGCAGCCAGGCAGGCAGGAGGCAAAGCGAGGCGAGGCGCGGAGCGCGGCCUUCCUGCUCACUGAGUGGCAUGACGCUGGCGGUGUCUGGCGGCUUCUCGCUGCUGGCCAACCUGAGCCAGCAAGAGCAGGAGGCGCUGCAGCGGGCGGCGGCAGUGGCCGACCUGCUGCCCGAGCUGGGCGCCGCCGACCUGCCGCACACCACGCCCUUCUCCGUCUCCGACAUCCUGAGCCCCGUCGACGAGGCGGGCCAGAGCUCGUCGCAGCCGGGCGGCGGCGCCGCGGGCUCGGGCUCGCCGUACCGCAGCUCGUCGUCGAGCAACGGCGCGCCGCCGCAGCAGCAGCAGCCGCACGUGGCGCCCUCGUCCGUCGUGUCCAGCCCCUACAUGCAGCUGUCGCACCACCACCAGUUCUCGGGCGCCGCGCAGUACUGCAACGGCUCCGACAUCUCGGCGCACUACGGCGACAUGCGCAACUCGGGCUGGUACGGCGCCGCCACCGCCAACGACCCGCGCUUUGCAAUCUCGCGGCUGAUGGGGUCGUCUGCGGCGACGGCGAGCAUGAACAUGAACAUGGGCAACAUGGCCGGACUGUCGACGUGCAGCGUCACGGCCGACACCAAGCCCAUGCAGUUCCCGCUGGCGCAGCGCCGCAAGCGGAGGGUGCUCUUCACGCAGGCCCAGGUGUACGAGCUGGAGCGGCGGUUCAAGCAGCAGAAGUACCUGUCGGCGCCGGAGCGCGAGCACCUGGCCAGCCUCAUCCACCUCACGCCGACCCAGGUGAAGAUCUGGUUCCAGAACCACCGGUACAAGUGCAAGCGGCAGGCUAAGGAGAAGGCGAUGGCCGAGCAGAACGCGCAGAACCAGGCGCAGAGCUCCCCGCGGCGCGUGGCGGUGCCGGUGCUGGUGAAGGACGGCAAGCCGUGCGCGGGGGCGGGACACCUCCCUCUGGAACCGGCGGCAUGUGUGUGGCAGGUGCAGCAGACGGCGCCGGCGGGGCAGCACGGGCACCAGGCGGCGCAGCAGCAGCAGCAGCAGUGCGCCAGCCUGCUGUACCAGCGCCAGAACCUGCACCACGCGGCCGCCGUCGCCAUGAUGCCGCACCACCAGCAGCAGCACAUGUCUGCGGCGGCGGCGGCGGGCUCCUACCUGCCGCUGCAGGGCCGCGCCUGGUAG